AUAUAAAUACAAAUAAAGCCUUAAGUUAAAAUAAAAGCAAUAAAUUUAAAUAAAAAUAAAAAGUGCUUUAAAAUAUAUAUACAUAGAAAAGUGAAUAUUAGCAAGAAGUUUAGGAAUAUUUGUGUGUUUUUUUAAGAAAAAAAAAAACUUAAAACAAACUUAAGCCUAACUGAGAACAAAAAUGGGCAAGAAAAAUUCAAAAUUGAAGCAAGAUACCAUUGAUCGUUUGACAACGGAUACAUACUUUACCGAAAAAGAAAUAAGACAAUGGCACAAAGGUUUUCUAAAAGACUGUCCGAAUGGUUUACUCACAGAACAAGGUUUUAUAAAAAUCUACAAACAGUUCUUUCCACAAGGAGAUCCUAGUAAAUUUGCCUCAUUAGUAUUUCGAGUAUUUGAUGAAAAUAAUGAUGGAGCGAUAGAAUUUGAGGAGUUCAUACGCGCAUUAUCGAUUACAUCAAGAGGAAAUUUAGAUGAAAAACUACAAUGGGCAUUUCGUCUGUAUGAUGUGGAUAAUGAUGGUUAUAUAACGAGAGAAGAAAUGUAUAAUAUAGUAGAUGCUAUUUAUCAAAUGGUGGGUCAACAACCACAAACAGAUGAUGAAAAUACACCCCAGAAACGAGUGGAUAAAAUAUUCGAUCAAAUGGAUAAAAAUCAUGAUGAUCGUUUGACAUUAGAAGAAUUUCGUGAGGGUAGUAAAGCUGAUCCACGUAUAGUACAGGCGUUAAGUUUAGGUGGUGAUUAACCAAAAGAGUCAUAGUUUAAUUCAAAGGUUAAUUAAACUUAAUAGAAAACAUAAAACCGUAAUAAAAAUAACAACAAAUAACUGAAUAUAUUAAACCACAAACAAGCAAAACAAUAAAAAGCCAAAAAAGAAAAUUAGUAAAGAACACAUACCAACAACAAAUCUAACAUUAUACAUAUUAUACAUUAUACAUAUACACACACAACUAGUUGAAAUACAUACACACAUACACAGAUACUAGUUUAUACUUUAAAAACAUCAACGUAGAGAAGAGAUACAGAUUAAAAAAUUGCCGUGUUUUAUAUAAAUAA